UUUUAUGUUAUUUAAAAUAUGUUUAUUGUUUCAGCCAUAUUGUUAAUAGUUUACUAAAAGAAGCUUUGGAAAGUUUUGUUGUUUUUCCUAAUCGCUUAAAGAUUCCCAUUGCCAAUCCAACAGAUAUUGAAACUUUCAGGUUUUAUUAUCCUAAGGGAAUAUUAAAGAUUGAAAUUUUGGAAGCAAAGAAUCUUGUUGAAAAAGAAAGAAAUUUUUUUAACGAUAGUACACUUGAUCCCUAUAUUGUCACAAAAGUGGGAUCAAAAGUUGUUCAUAAAACUUCUGUAAUACAAAAUUCUCUUAAUCCAAAAUGGAAUAAAGAAUCAGUUUCGAUGUUUGUUGAAAUAGUAGUUGGAAAAAAAGUAAAAUUUGAGCUCUAUGAUUCUAAUAACAUAAAAGAUGAUGAAUUAGGAAGUACAAUGUUAAGCUUAGAAAAAGUUGUUGGUUCUAGCUUUACUGAUUUGUGGCUUUCUCUUGAUAAUUCUACAACAAGUGCUCUUCAUAUUAACUGUGGUUGGUUUGAUUUAAGUAAUAAUGUUGACGAUUUAAAAAAGGGAGAAGAAUGUUGUUUAUUGGUUCUACUUGAUCAUGCCAUGAAUUUAAAUGAUGCAAACAAAGAUAGCACUAGUGCCUAUGUGGAAAUAACAGUGAACAACACAACUCGUAAAUCAAAGACUCAACGUAAUACAAACCAUCCGGUGUGGGAGGAGACGUUUUCAUUUUUUCUUGACAAUGUUUUGAAGGAUAUUGUAAAACUCAGGGUUUAUGAUGAGAAUGGUAACGAACAUUUAGGAAAAAUUGAUUAUGCUGUUUCUACACUUAUUGAUCUCCCUGACAUGUGUCUGAAGCAAAACUUUAGGCUAAUUAACUCUUUUGAAAAUUCACAGAUUUUAAUGUGUCUUGAAUUAAAGGCAUUGGUUCCUCCUGUUUCUUUAAAAUAAGCUAACUUUUUAAUCAAAGUUAAAAUAUCCAAAUUCAUGAUUUUUAAAUAGGUUUUGAAUAUUUUUAAAAUUUGAGGGUUAAUAAUCAGAAAACCUUCCACGCGAUAUUCAGCAUACAAAAUUUUUAAUUUUUAUAAUUAGAUUUCAUUUGCAAUCUUUUGCACAAAAUUUGAAAAAAGAUUUUUAACAGCCAUGUAGUUUUUAAUCACAAUAUAGUUUUUAUCCGAUAGUAUUUUACUUUUAUGACGUUUAUAGUAUUUUAGUUUUUUUUAAGCGCUUUUUAAUGUAAAAAAUACACGCAUUAACUACGACCAUAUUCCACGCUUUAAAUAAUUUUUAUUUAAUAUCUGUAUAAUUAAAUAUUGUAUCUAUAUAUAUAAAAAUAAAUGUUUGUAUGUUUUCAAUGCGUUAUACUGAUCACCCGAUUUCGACCAAAUUUUCCACAGACAUCUCUAAGAAAAUUGAAAAAAGAUUGUAGAAAGAAAGCUAUAUCUAAAGUGUUCAUUUUAAAUUU